GACUGAGUUCCCAGUCCCGCACCUCGGGGGCCCCGCUGCUUCCGCCAGUCCCUGGGGCGUCCCAGGGAAGCCUGGACGCCUUGCCUUGGGCUCUGAGCAGCCGGUAAAUUCCUCUUCUCAUCCUGCCAAUACCCCGGCUGGUGUGGCGACAAUGCAAUUGGCUCCUUUCCCUACUUGGGGCGAAAGCAGUGAUCCCUAGGAUGGCGCCACCUCGGUCUCCAAGGCGCCCGAAAGGGUGGAAUGACAGCGUCAGACUGGCUGACAAACGGGGAGAACCUGACUCCAGCCGGGCUGGGGGACCCCCGCCUUCCCCUUCAUCAGAGACAAGAGGGCACAGAGAGGUUUAGCCGCCAUCGGGGAUCACACAGCCAGCCAGGGCUGAGAUGGCAAUCCACCCUGGUCCCGCUGAUCACCGCCUCUUGGGACUUCUGUGCUCCCUCAGACCCCGCCUCUUCCGGAACCUUCUGCUCCUGCUGUGGACCCUCCUGAGCUGUGAUUUGAGGGGUAUUGCUCAGGGUCCCGGGGAAUGGACGCCCUGGGGGUCUUGGAGCAGGUGCUCCAGCUCUUGUGGCCGGGGCGUCUCGGUGCGCAGCCGCCGUUGUGUCCGACUUCCCGGGGAGGAACCUUGCUGGGGAGACAGCCAUGAAUACCGGGUGUGCCAGCUGCCGGACUGCCCGCCGGGGGCGAAACCCUUCCGAGACCUGCAAUGUGCUCUCUACAAUGGCCUUCCCGUCCUGGGCACCCAGAAGACCUACCAGUGGGUGCCCUUCCACGGGGCACCCAACCUGUGUGACCUCAACUGCCUGGCUGAGGGCCAUGCCUUCUACCAUAGCUUCGGCCGCGUGCUGGAUGGCACCCCUUGCACCCCGGGGGCCCAGGGCCUCUGCAUAGCAGGCCGUUGUCUGAGCGCUGGCUGUGAUGGGCUGCUGGGCUCCGGCGCCGUCGAGGACCGCUGCGGCCUCUGCGGUGGCGCCAACGACUCGUGCCUCUUCGUGCAGCGCGUGUUUCGCGACGCGGGUGCCUUCGCCGGCUACUGGAACGUGACUCUGAUCCCCGAGGGCGCCAGGCACAUCCGCGUGGCCCAGAGCAGCCACAACUACCUGGCCUUAGUGGCGCGCGACGGCCGCUACGUGAUCAACGGCGACGGGGUGCCCAGCCCACCUGGCACCUACGAGGCCGCGGGUACCCGUGUGGUCUACACCCGCGGCGUGGGCCCCGAGGAGACCCUGCAGGCUUCCGGCCCCACCUCCCAGGAGCUGUUGUUGCAGGUGCUGCUGCGGGAGCCCAACCCAGGAGUGCACUUCGAGUUCUGGCUGCCCCGGGAGCGCUAUGGUCCCUUCCAGGCUCAGGCGCAGGCCCUGGGCUGGCCCCUACGACAGCCUCAGCCCCGGGAGGUGGAGCCUCAACCUGCAGAGACCCCUGUGGUCCGGGAGGCCAUCCCUGCUCGGAAUGCACCAGACCACUGCGGGCCUUGCCCUGACAGCCGGGGCCGUGCACACCGGCUUCUCCACUACUGCGGCAGCGACUUUGUAUUCCAGGCCCGUGUGCUGGGACGCCACCGCCAGGUCCAAGAGACCCGCUAUGAGGUGCGUAUUCUGCUCAUCUACAAAAACCGCUCGCCGCUGCGCACUCGAGAGUAUGUGUGGGCGCCAGGCCACUGUCCUUGCCCAUCACUGGCUCCUCAUCGAGAGUACCUGUUGGCUGCCAGGCGAGUAGUCAGCCCUGAUGGCACACAGGACCGGCUACUGCUGCCCCACGCUGGCUAUGCUCGGCUCUGGAGUCCUGCAGAGGAGAGCCGAGUUCGCCUGGCUGCCCGGCGCUGUCCAGUAUAAACCCCCGGAGGUCGGAGCCUCACCAGGUGUCCCUGCGACUCAGUGACUCAGGAAAAUCUCCUGCCUGGAUUAUUUCGAGACAGGUUCUCACUGUGUAUAUAACCUUGGCCGCAUAGACCAGGCCGGCCUCGAACUCACAGAGGUCCACCUGCCUCUGCCUCCCCAGUGCUAGGAUUAAAAGCCGGCCUGCAUCAUAUCUAAGAACUUUAAGGACCUCCAAGAUCCUGGCUACUUCCAUCAAACGAGUUUGGUCCAUUCCUUCUAAAAUUACUAUUUAACUUUUACAAUAACUUAGAAAAAGAACAAAUCCCUUCCCUGUCACUUACCAGCUGUACAGGCUCAGGGACACCCCAGUAAAGUGGCCGUCACUGUGCUCAGACAUGCUCAGACACACCCACUCCCAUCUUUUCCUGACACCCCUGCCAGUGCACUGGACCCAUUAAGAGACCAGCACAGGACGGAUGAGAGACUGGGAGCACACAAGAGAAUCGAUGAACCUCCAAUCCCGCCCUCUUCAGGCUGGUGUCCGUCAUGGGUGUCUAUCCUACAGUCACUCAAACCAUCCCUAGUGGGGUGUCCCUUUAGGCUGUCCCCUCUGGGUCCUGUCUCUGUCAUAUGGUCUAACCUGUCUUCGGUGACCAUCCAGGUCUGGCUGGGACCCAGAGGUCAGCGGACUGUCAGCUUUACCCUUGCUCCUCCGCAGAGCCCCUCUGGCCUCUAUCCCAAGUCCUCAGUUUUCCCAUCUAUUAGCUCUCUGUGGACACUUGGCUCUCCGAUGAGCAUUUAUUGAGCACUGACUGUAUGCGGGAGACCCGACAAGUCCUGGGGAGGCGCAGUGCUGUUGUGGGAAAAGCAAUGGGUCGGCCGGGCGGUGGUGGCGCACGCCUUUAAUCCCAGCACUCGGAUCUCUGUGAGUUCGAGACCAGCCUGGGCUACAGAGCUAGUUCCAGGACAGGCUCCAAAACCACAGAGAAACCCUGUCUCGAAAAACCAAAAAGAAAAAAG